AUGUCCCCCCAAGAAAGGAUCCCCUCCCGGCAAAUCCAAGCCUACCACCGCCGCCAGCACCGCCACCACCAGCACGCUCUCUUCCCCCCCACCAACGACGUCCUCAGUGAGUCGGAGAUGGGAAGAAACAACUGGCAGAACAAUUACCCCGAGGCCUUUUUGCAUAUUGACCGGCGGUUGGAAGCGAUGGAUCAGACGAUGGUUUGGUUGAGGGCGAGGCUGAUCAACAUCCAAGCGGUACAGCACAACAGCCAAGUACGCACUUUGACCUCCCCCUUAGCAGGCAUGGUUUCGGUCCAAGAGGGUGAGAAUCCACAUACACCUGUUGGACAACCGAUUCCGAAUUUUCCGAGGACGGUGGAUCGGUUGGGGGCGAUGACUGCGAUUGAAUGCCGGAUUUUGUUGGAGUCGUUGGACUGUCCUUUUACCGAGUCGUGGGGGUGGUAUGGGCUGGAGGGGUUACAGGCGGCUGUAAGGGCUACGGUGGGAUUGACGGGGUGGUGA